AUGACACCGGCUCCGACACAGAUUGUGGUCCCAGACCCAGCCGGACUGUCGCCUACCCUGACCGACGAACCGACGCCAUGGCCGGCUCGCCUGCCGAUGCACCCACGGCUCCCUGCCGAGAGGGCAGGAGACGUCGACUACUUUACGGGCGCCACCUGUGACGAAACGACGGCCCUCCUGCCCGGCGCCGAGGGCGACUCAAAGCCCAGCAAGCCGUCGCCGGGAGAGCCGGCCAAACCGACUCCCUUCCUGGGCGGUGUGUCACCCGGUCGGUUCUGGGUGAUAUUCUCGGGCAUCCUCUUCACGUACUUUGUCGUCAUCUUCGACGCCACCAUCCUCUCGUCGUCGCACCCGGUCAUCACGAGCUACUUUGGCGCGUCGCAGAGCGCCUCGUGGCUGUCGACGGCCUACCUCCUCACCAGCACGUCGCUACAGCCCCUGGUCGGCCGCAUCUCGGACAGCACGGGCAGGAAGCUGCCGUUCGUGCUGAGCUUGGUCGUCUUCACCGUCGCGACGCUCGCCUGCGCGCUCGCGCCGACCAUAGGCGCCUUGAUCGCCGCCAGGGCCAUAUGCGGGCUGGGUGGGGGUGGGAUGAUAGGGAUGGCGAGUAUCUGUGUUGGAGAUCUCGUGCCCAUUGAACGUCGUGGACCCUACCAGUCGACGAUGAGUGUCAUGUUCGGCGUCAGCUCCAUGGCCGGCGCAGCACUGGGGGGUCUCAUGGCGGACCAUCUCGGUUGGCGCUGGGAGUUUGGCGUGCAGGUGCCCAUUCUGCUGCUCAGUCUCGGUGUCAUUAUGAUGGCCCUGCCGGAGAAUUUGGGGCUCUACGGGAAACAACGAGAGUCGCUGCAGGAGUGUCUACGGUCUUUUGAUUUCAAGGGCUCUCUGCUCUUGACCUUGACAGUGACGUUUCUCAUUCUUGGACUUGAUAUUGGCGGGAACUUACUUCCAUGGUCACACCCUCUGAUUAUAGCUUCGUUGGUUCUCGCCCUGUUCUUUUUCCCACUCUUCCUCCGAGCAGAAUCUUUGGCAGAGAAACCAGUCAUGCCGCUAGACCUUGUCUGCAAAGCGCCGGUGAUGAACCUGAUCUUCUCCCACCAUCUCGCAUCUUUCCUUACCAAUGCUAUCUUGUUCAACGUUCCGCUCUUUUUCCAGGCCGUACUCCUCACCUCGGCAACGGACUCGGGCCUCCGCCUCGCCGUGCCAUCCAUGAUAUCCUCCAUCGCCGGCGUCGCCACGGGCUUCCUGAUAACCUACACCCGCGACCUCAAGUGGGCGCCGCUCGUCGGCUCGUUCCUGUUCCUCGGCGGCGUGGGCCUGCUGUCGGCCAUGCGCGCGGGCCUCCCAGACUACGUCUACCUCCUGUGCCUGGUCCCGUCGUCUCUGGGCCAGGGCCUGCAGUUCCCCGGGACGUUCCUGGCCGUGCUGGGCGUGACGGAGCAGCGGGACGUCGCCGUCGUCACCACGACGCUGCAGCUGUGGCGGAGCCUGGGCGCCGUCGCCGGCAUCGCCGGCUCCAGCAUCGUCGUCCAGUCCGCGCUGGCCAGCUUCCUCGACGCAAACGUCUCGGCCGGAGACGCUGAGAAGGCCGAGAUUCUGCGCGCCGUCAAGAGCUCCGUCGGCGCCGUCGCCUCCCUCCCGGAGCCGUACAGGUCGCAGGUCAUGCGCAGCUACGAGUCCGCCCUCAGCCUCAUGUUUGGCUGCUGCGUCGGCUUGGCCAUGAUCUCGCUCCUUCUGUUGAUGCCCAUCCAGCUGCCCAAGCUAAAGCCCAAGGAGGAUGCGUCCCAAGAUGCGGCUGAGGAGCCGGCGGCGUGA